AUGUCAAGCAACGGUGUGAUAUCAGUGCUGCUCCUUCUGAACGGAAAAGGACGUGAGCCAUUCUUCUACGGCAGAGAGUUACUCCGUUUGACACAGGUUGCUUCUUCUCCAGAACAACAGCCGCAGCCUCGCCCCUAUCAAGGUGUCCGUGUCAAAGAGCCGGUGAAGGAGCUGUUGAAGAGGAAACGGGGAAAUGUUCAUAAUGCCAAUUCAACGGCUGCUACAACGGUUGUUUUACCUCAUCAGCCACUUCCUUCAUAUUCAACAAUGGGCCAGCCUUGCGUUGAUAUGGAUGUUGCUGCCUCUUCAUUGCCUGUCACAGAUGAAGGAGGGCUAUGUUCUGGUUGGCUCACCCAGCCCUCUCCCACAUCCUUACAGCCUUUAACUCAGUGGACCACGUAUCCCGAUUAUGUGUCCCAUGAAGCAGUCAGUUGUCCAUACACAGCAGAUAUGUAUGUUCAGCCUAUGUGUCCCAGCUACACGCUUGUUGGACCUUCGUCUGUUCUUACUUAUGCUUCCCAACCACUGAUCACCAAUUUUGCACCCAGAAGCACCACCCCAGCAGUCGUGCCUCAGCUGGAGGAUCAGCAGGCCCCCCUCACGUAUUUCCCGUGGGCACAGUCCCUCUCUGCACUGCCAGCCUCCACCUUGCAGUACCAGCCAGCUUCCUCCACCCUGCCGGGGCCACAGUUUGUGCCCUUGCCAAUCUCCAUUCCCGAGCCACCUCCCCAGGAGCUCGAAGAUGCCAGGCGAGUCAUUGGCACACUACCCAUUGAGAAGCUGCUUCUGGAAGAUGAGGACAAUGAUACGUAUGUGUUAAAUCACACUCUCUCUGUUGAAGGGCUUUAAGUUGCCCAUCUAGGGCCUGAUCCUUGCUUACUCAAUACUUGACUUGCCCCACAGUGAGUUUUGAGUAAGAAAAGGAAAAGCAGGCUGAGGGGUGGGGGUGGGGACUUUGUUUGAUGCUGUGUUGUCCACUUCUAGUGCACCAAUUUGUGUGUUGUGUGAAAAACGCUUUGUCCUGGGACUCAGCACGGGAUUGUUGGGCUAUUACAGUUUCUGUUAACUCUCUCAGGCAGGUUCUUAAUGCUGCCCAAUUUGGGCUCAGCCUCAACACAAGGUGACUCAUGCUUACUCAGAGCAUGGUCUCAAAUUGAUAUACUGCAGUUGUAGCCACUUCUAACCUCGCAUUUGGUGAGGGUACGCUUGCCUCUAAACGUUGGCAAGAGAUGGUUCAAUAGGACUAUCUUCUAGAGCUCUGUGUAGGAAUCUUUCCAUGCAGAAAUCUUUGCCAGGUUUAGGACCUGGAAAGUACUUUUGGGGCUAAGUGGAGAUUUUUCUUUCUCUAAAUUGAACAGUCUGUUUUGAAAAAUAAGAAAUGAAAAGUUUAGGUUUAUUGUAAUGUUGUAGGUGCAUCAGUCUGAAGACAAGAAAUCGUUGCGUUUGAACUAGUCAUUAAGGUUUCCUAUCUGCCGAGCAGCGCAGAAUGGCCUGGAUGAAGUCUUUGCUUUCACUUGCAGGUCGUGUUUUCAAGGCUGUUAGGUAUGUAGUUUGGAGUCACGAUCUUUCAGUUGCAGGAUGCUUUUGGACUCAAAAAUAUCCACCUUAAAGAUACAGAGGGCCUGUUUUUGAGGCUAGCUGGUAAUUGAAAGCUAGCUGUGUGUUCUACCGGUGGACAGAUCCUGCUCUCACUGGAGUUACAGGGAGUUUUGCCUGAGUCAGGGUUCCAAGACAUGGCCCCAUAUCAGGAGCUCCAUGAGAAGAUAGAGCCUUCCAAAAUCUGGACUUCAGUCUAACAAGGAGUUCAUGGCAUUACUUAUUAUUAGCUGACAAUACUUCUGUUUGCUCUCUAACAUUUGAGCAUGAAUUUGGCAGCAAAGACAGACAACCCUAGUGACCUCUUGUGUGCCAUCCUGCUAUGGAAAGUUUCUGUGCUUUAGUCUCCCAGGUGCAUGCAUUCUCUUUAUAGCUUUCUGAUUUUGUUUUGUAGUGAAUGAGUAGCUUUACUGUUUCCUCUGAUGCGACUGUAAAUAUUAUUGUUGAUGUUCAUGACUGCCAAGCCAGAGGCAAAAAUAUUUGCAGGAGAUGUAUCCACCUCUGAGUUUCUUUACUGUUUUCUUAACAAAUAAGGGCCUCCUGGCCAAUGAACAUAAUUUCUC